CUCAAUUCUCGCUGUAUCCCUGACUUCCCGCGAGAGUUCCCGAUCAAGGCCUACUCUUUUCUCGCCUCUCUUAAGAAGGCGGCGGGCGCAAUUCUCGCUCUGUUGCUGAUUUCUCGCGAGGGUUCUUUUUCUCUCUCUCCUCGUUCGUUCCGCGCCUGCGUGAAGGCAAAUCUAGCCGGGUUGCCGCCAUGAGCUCCACGCUCGCUAAGAUCGCCGAGAUCGAGGCCGAGAUGGCCCGAACGCAGAAGAACAAAGCCACGGCGCAUCAUCUCGGCCUCCUGAAGGCCCGCCUGGCCAAGCUGCGCCGGGAGCUCAUCACCCCAAAAGGGGGCGGAGGCGGCGGCCCCGGGGAAGGUUUCGAUGUGGCCAAAACGGGGGACGCGCGCAUUGGCUUUGUGGGCUUCCCCUCGGUGGGCAAGUCCACCCUGCUGAGCAACCUGGCCGGGGUCUACUCCGAGGUGGCCGCCUACGAGUUCACCACACUCACCACCGUUCCCGGCGUCAUCCGCUACAAGGGUGCCAAGAUUCAGCUGCUGGACCUCCCGGGGAUCAUCGAAGGGGCUAAGGACGGGAAGGGCCGAGGCCGGCAGGUCAUUGCAGUGGCCCGGACCUGCAACCUGAUCCUGAUUGUCCUGGACGUCCUGAAGCCGCUGGGCCACAAGCGCAUCAUUGAGACUGAGCUGGAGGGCUUCGGCAUCCGCCUCAACAGCCGGCCCCCCAACAUCGGCUUCAAGAAGAAGGACAAGGGCGGCAUCAACCUUACCGCCACGUGCCCCCAGAGCGAGCUGGACACAGAGACGGUGAAGAGCAUCCUGGCGGAGUACAAGAUCCACAACGCGGACGUCACUCUCCGCAGCGAUGUCACCGCUGACGACCUCAUCGACGUGGUCGAGGGCAACCGGGUGUACCUGCCUUGUCUAUAUGUGCUGAACAAGAUUGACCAAAUCUCGCUGGAGGAGCUGGACAUCAUCUACAAGGUCCCACAUUGCGUCCCCAUUUCGGCCCAUCACCGGUGGAACUUUGAUGACCUCCUUGAGAGGAUCUGGGACUACCUCAAGCUUGUCCGCAUUUAUACCAAACCCAAAGGUCAGCUUCCGGAUUAUACAUCCCCUGUGGUUUUGCCCGACUCACGGACCACGGUCGAGGAUUUCUGCAUGAAGAUCCACAAGAACCUCAUCAAGGAAUUCAAAUAUGCUCUGGUGUGGGGCUCCUCUGUGAAGCACAAUCCCCAGAAAGUGGGCAAAGACCACACCAUGGAGGACGAGGACGUCAUCCAGAUUGUCAAGAAAUAAGCCAAAACACCAAAAUAAAACGCAGUGUGGCUUGAAGAGUGA